AUGCGCCACAUCAGCCACAGCCGCAUGGGCGCCGGCAGCAGCAGCAAGACCAUCCUCUCAGCCGCGACCCCCCGUACCGCCGGUGCCGGCGCAGCCGCGCCCGACAGCUCAGUUCUCCGCCGCGCGCCGCCGCCGGACGCAGCGAGCGCGGGCAGCGUCGCGGGCGCCGCGGUCGCGGCGGCGGCGGCAGCGGCGUUUGACGGCAGUGUCGGCGGCGCGAGCACUGUGGUCAGCAGCGACGGGAUCUUGGAAGCUGAAGAGGCGGCGGCGGCAGUCAAAGAGUCAGCGGAGGGUGACGUGGACCCUGACCGAUGGCAGGAAGAUGAGAAGUACCGCUGGCCCGAGCAGGACGAGCUGUGA